GGCACAUUCUUUGUUGUGCACGCAGAGAUGGAAUGUCACUGUGCAGUGUUUGACUUUUUUGGAAACAUUGGAUAGUUAAAUUCUUCAUUUAUUAAAGAUUAGAUCACGUGCGUAAAACAGUCCAAUAAAAUAGGCUUUGGAGCGGAGCAGAUUUUGGGAGUAAAAAAAACAACACUCCAGGCACGGCGGAGGACUAGGAGAUCCAGAGAGAAGGGAAAAGGAGGGGUUUGUUGAGGGAGUAACUCUGCUCUCCAAAAUCGCCUGACCGCGCACUCUGAGCAGGACGCAUCCUCUGCGCGCGCGCUCUCUCUCCAAAGACAAAGCUGAACAAUGAACUCUGCAGUGAAGUGGUUGCUUAUCCUCUUCGCUCUCGUUUCCAUCAUUCUCAACAUCAUCCUGAUCAGCAUUUACUCCAACACGGCGCCCAAAUGUUCCGCGCAGCGCGUGCAUCCGCUGCGAGGCAAGCACGACGAGCGCAGCCUUGUGUUUGCGGACCUCACACAGGAGGAGUACGCGCAGGUCCAGCGGUACAUGCUCCAGCAGAAGGACCUGGACAUCUCCACCCAGCAGGUUACUAAGCCGGGGGCAAACUUCUUGUUCUUAAUCGACCUGUCUCUGCCCAAAAAAGCGGACGCGCUGUCUUAUUUGGACGGCAAAGGUCCUCAGCCGAUGAGGGAGGCGACGGUGGUGGUCUUCCACGGCGCACGGGGCUACAUCAAGGAGUACGUGGUCUGGCCUCUUCCCAACCCGAAACACCACAGAGAUGUGACCACUGAGAGGUACAAGAGGGAGCUGCCCAUCAAUGCGCGCACGGUCACCGUGGGAGAAUACGUCCUGCUCUCUGAGUUCAUUAAGAACAAAGUGUUCUCCAAACUCAGGAAGCUGUUGAAAGAGAGCUUCGACGUUAACGAGGGCGAGACGCUGUAUACUUUUGAGCAGGUGCCGCGCGGACUCCGAUCUGGAGACAGGACGUCGUGGCUGAACUGUUUAAAGGACGUGAGCGGCGUGUACGUCAACCCCGUGGGUUUGGACCUGCUCAUCAACCACGAGAGCGUGAAUUCAUCCCACUGGAAAGUCGAGCGGUUGUUUUAUAACGGCCAAUACUUUGACAGUGUGGAAGAGCUGAGGCGGAAAUAUGACGCCGGGACUAUAAAGAAAAUAGUCUAUAGGAACUCUCCAAACCACGCCUCCCUGAAAACCAGGACCAAGCCGCUGCAAAUUGGUCCGCAGCUGUUUUACGCAGAGGGGAAGCGCUACAGCAUCAGCCACAACCACGUCCUCUACCUGGACUGGAGCUUCGCUUUCGGGCUCAGCUCUCUCACGGGCAUGAGGGUGUUUGAUGUGCGCUUCAGUGGAGAGAGAAUAGUCUACGAGCUGAGCGUGCAGGAGGCCACGUCUGUCUAUGGCUCUGCGACCCCAGGCAUGAUCCUCACCAAGUUUGUGGACUCCAACUUCGGAAUAGGACGCUUUGCGCACGAGCUGGUUCGUGGCGUGGAUUGCCCCUCGGCAGCCACGUAUGUGGACACAUAUCGCUACAUAGAUGUGCCAGUUCCGGUCCGAUACAGGAACUCCAUCUGCGUCUUUGAGCACAACAUGGGUCAGCCCCUGCGGAGGCACUUCUCGGAUUUCGCGCACCACAGUUACGGAGGCCUGGCUAACAGCGCGCUGGUGAUGAGAACCAUCACAGCCAUUGCGAACUAUGACUACAUGUGGGACUUUGUCUUCUACCAGAAUGGAGCAGUGGAGGCGAAGGUGCACGCGACCGGCUUCAUCGCUUCCUCUUAUCUGGUGGACGGCAGUCUGAGAUACGGACACCAGGUAGCAGAGAAUGUCCUGGGAAACAUCCACACACACUUCGUCAACUUCAAAGUGGACCUCGAUGUCACGGGAGUGAAGAAUGUAUUCCAGACCAAAGACAUGCAGUUUGUGAACAUGUCACUGCCAUGGCGUCCGGAUCGUUACGCCAUGAUCCCAGAGCUAGUGGAAAAACAACUGAAAACAGAGAAGGAGGCCGCCCUGCGUCACCACACUAAGACUCCUCGCUACCUCCACAUCGCCAGCAACAAGACCAACCGCUGGGGUCACCAGCGUUCCUACAGGCUGCAGGUGUACACCUUUGCAGGGGACAACCUCCCAGAGAGUGAAGCUGAGGAGAAGGCCAUGUCCUGGGCCAGGUAUAAAGUUGCUAUCACUAAACAUAAGGACUCAGAACAGACCAGCAGUAGUGUGUACAAUCAGAACGACAUGUGGAAUCCUGCUGUCGACUUCAGCAAGUACAUGGAGGACGACGAGAGCAUUGAGAACGAGGACCUGGUGGCCUGGGUGACCGCUGGGUUCCUCCACAUCCCACAUGCUGAGGACAUCCCAAAUACUGUAACCGUGGGUAACGGGGGCGGGGUCCUGCUGCGGCCCCACAACUACUUUGACGAGGAUCCGUCAGUCAAUUCUCCCGAUGCGGUGUAUUUCAGUGCAGGUGAAGAGGACAGCUGUGAGAACAACAGGAUGGCCUGCCUUGCUCAAGAGACCUGCAGCCCCGUGCUGGAGCCGUACACUUACCACGGCUUUGAGGGAGUCAUGAAGUUUGAGGACUGGCAAUGAUUCACUGAUCACUGCUGGGUAUUUGCUUUGAAGUAUACACUGUCCUCAUAUCAGUAAGGUUGGCUCAGCUGUGUCUUAUUUUGGAUUGAUACCAUUUGAAUGGGGGGGGGUAGGGUUUCUACCUCAGUCCAUGAAGAAGCAGAGCCAGGAAAAAUGUGUUCAGAAGCUGAUGACAUGAAUGAAAACAAAUGAAGAACAAUGAGAUCCUUUCUUGUAUGAAAAUGCCACCAUAAGCAGGGAGGUGCUUUGGUUUGACUAUUAGAUGUCACUAAUUCUUACACACUUUAAAUAAAACAUUUUUUUUUCUUUUCCUGAGCUCUUCUAAGGCUUUUUGACAAUCAUGAACGUUCCACUUUUUUAAAGUGGAACAUUUUCUCAUAAAUAUUGUCACGUUCUGUCGUCCAUGUCAUGUGAUCACCUGUGUCUUCCUCAGUGUAUAUAAUGUCUCCCUCUUCCUUUGUCUGAUCGUCGUCAGUGUGACAUGUACCGAGCGCUUCUCUCACCGUCCACUGGGAUUUAUUCUGUGGAUUUGUUGCACCUCUGUGCUUCAGUGGAUUACUCUCUGUUUUUGCUUGUUUCUUUGUGUGACUCUGUCUUGACUGUGGACCUCGCUGCCAUCUAUUCGAGGAUCCUCUGUUUUUGACUUUGCAAAUAAACUUUGUCUCUUACCUCC